UUGAGGAGGUCUCGGAGAUGAGGUACGUGCCUAGCUCUUGGGACAUCCUGGGCGGCAACUGACGCCUGCCUCCAGGCCUGGCUUGCAUCAGCGACACAUUCAGAUGAUAGCUUUGGCGGGCACGAUCGGAACCGGCCUCUUCCUCGGUAGUGGGCAUGCCAUCCUCGCCGGUGGUCCUCUGGGAGCUCUGCUCGGGUACUCACUCAUUGGUGUCCUGGUGCUGGCACCCGUCCUCUCCAUCGCCGAAAUGAGCGCCCUCGUCCCCUUGAGCGGCGGUGUCAUUCGCCACGCCGAAUACUUCUUCAGUUCCGCCAUGAGCUUUGCCGUCGGCUGGAACCAGGUCUACGGCGCAAUCGUGGGCGUGCCGGCAGAGAUUGUCGCUGCUGCGGUAAUUACAAACUACUGGUCCGGCACCUCGGUCAGCAACGCCGUCUUCAUCACCGUCUACGGUCUGUUGGUCCUUGCGAGCAACAUCUUCCUUGUCCGCGUCUACGGAGAGCUGGAGUUCUUCUUCGCCAUCCUCAAGAUCCUCCUCAUUGUCGGGGUCAACUUGAUGGCCCUAGUGCUCGUGUCCGGUGGAGGGCCUGAUCACCAUGCCCUCGGAUUCACCUACUGGAGGAAUCCUGGCCCGCUGGUGCAGUAUCUCGGGAUCCAAGGCAGCCUGGGUCGCUUUCUUGGCUUCUAUACCACCCUGAACAAUGCGGUAUAUGCGUAUAAUGGAGUGGAGAAUAUCAGUAUCGCCGCCGCGGAAACGAAGAACCCCCGGAGAAACAUUCCAAUGGCGGCCAAACGCAUCUUCGUGCGCGUCCUCUUGUUCUAUGUUCUUUCCAUCUUCUUCGUGGGAAUGCUCGUCCCUAGCAACGAUCCUCACUUGUUGAAAUCGACAGGGAACGCCACACAAUCUCCUUUCGUCAUCGCUGCUCAGCGAGCGGGCGUGCAUGUCGUUCCCAAUAUCAUUAAUGCCGUCGUGUUAACUUCGGCCUGGUCAGCGGGAAACAGCGGUCUGCUCGCGGCCAGUCGAAAUCUCUUUGGCCUCGCACGCGAGCAUAGAGCCCCUCAAAUCUUUGCUCGAGUCAGCCGUUUCGGCAUUCCUUACGUCGCUGUCAUCUUCAUGUCCCUUUUCAUCGCGCUUGGCUAUAUGACGUUGUCGCAUACGGCUGCGACGGUGUUUGGCUGGUUGCAGAGCCUCACUGCCGUGGCAGCACUGGUCUAUUGGACUAUUAUCUGUCUGGUCUACCUGCGGUUUUACUACGCAUUGAAGAAGCAAGGCAUCAGCCGAGAUCGUUUGCCGUGGAAAGCACCGUUUCAGCCGUACCUCGCGUGGAUGGGAGUGGUCUGGUGCAUCAUUCUCCUCCUCACCAGCGGCUGGAGCACGUUCCUCAACAACAAUUGGGACACGGAGACCUUCGUCUCGUCGUACAUCAACAUCCCCAUCAUCUUCCUCCUCUACUUCGGCUUCAAAUUCGUCAAGAAAUCCAAGUUGGUGCCUCUGGACGAGUCUCCGGUCGCGAGAUAUGUCGAAAUCUACGAAAACGGCCCACAGGAGCCGCCGCCAAAGCCGAGGAAGGGUCUGCACAGGUUGAACAUCUUGUGGAGUUAGAUGUUGGCAGUGUGGACAAGCGAAGAGAGAUUGGAGAGAUGCGGCAAAGAACACGUACUUGGAUCGAUGUAGCUUUUGUUUCAUGUUUAGCCUUUGACGAGCAACGAAGAGCAUUGUUUCGCAGU